AUGUUGGAAUUUGAUUGCGAGCGAAAAUCGGUGGAGAGUACAAAUAAUAAAUCACAGUCACCGAAGGUUUCAUCAAAUCUUCACAAACAAGAUAUUCCCAGAGCAUCGGACUUCAAUCUGCGUGUGGUUCUUGGAAAAGGAAGCUUCGGGAAGGUGGUUCUUGCAGAACGCAAAGGUACGGACGAUGUCUUCGCUAUGAAAAUCCUUAAGAAAGAUGUCAUUCUACAGGACGACGAUGUGGAAUGCGUGAUGAUGGAGAAACGAGUCCUGGCACUUCAAGAAAAACCUCCAUUCCUGGUCAAACUUCACUCCUGCUUCCAAACCAUGGAUCGACUAUACUUCGUUAUGGAAUAUGCAAAUGGGGGUGAUUUGAUGUAUCGAAUUCAGCAGGACGGUCGAUUUAAGGAACCAGUGGCUGUAUUCUACGGUGCUGAAAUCGCAACUGGUCUGUUCUACUUGCACUCCAAUGGAAUUAUUUACCGGUAA